CGCUUGGGGGAGGGAAAAAAAAAGUCUUUCUCUCUCUUCUUCUCUGUGCUCAGCUUUCGGCGCUGUUCUCUCUCUCUCUCUCUCUCUCUCUCUCUCUGGGUGUGGAGGAUUUCGAUUUUUCAAUAGGUUCAAAUUCAGGCACCGUUGAUUAAUCAAAUCCGCCAUAGCUGGUGUGAAAGCUUGCAGCCAACCCCCCACCCCACAUGUAAUGCCGCCAUUAAAAUAGCUUAUCCCCCGUUUCCUCCUCCACCACCUCCACCAGCAGCAGCUCCCUCUUUGGCUCAGCUGUCGAGCUCCGUGCUGCUUCUUCUCAGUGUCAGGACAGAGUGAAGUUUGUCUCCUGAAGAUCAGGAGUUUUUGAGCGAGCUGUUGCUGGUAACUUUGCCAGGCUCGGAGUUACAAAGAGAAGGGUGUGUAUGACGGAGACUUAUUGGAGGAGUCCGAAACCAUAAUUGGUACAUUUCGUCGGUCUUCUAUGCUGUCUGUUGUGAUACAGACCAUGGGAUUGCUCUGCAGCAGAAAUCGUGGAUAUGAUGAAGCAGAUGCUGAGGCAAAUGCACAGGCUGCAGAAAUUGAAAGGCGAAUUGAGCAAGAAACAAAGGCAGAAAAGCAUAUACAGAAACUUCUCCUUCUUGGUGCUGGAGAAUCAGGAAAGUCAACCAUUUUUAAGCAGAUAAAGCUUCUGUUUCAAACUGGCUUUGACGAUGGGGAACUCAAGAGCUAUAUUCCUGUCAUCCAUGCAAAUGUUUAUCAGACAAUAAAAAUACUGCAUGAUGGGUCAAAAGAACUUGCUCAAAAUGAUACCGAAUCCUCGAAGUAUGUCUUAGCAACAGAAAAUAAGGAGAUUGGAGAGAAAUUGUCAGAAAUUGGGGGUCACUUGGAUUAUCCACGCCUCGAUAAAGAGCUUGCGAUGGAGAUUGAAACUUUGUGGAAGGACGAGGCAAUUCAGCAAACAUAUGCACGUGGAUAUGAACUUCAAGUUCCAGACUGUACUCAGUAUUUUAUGGAGAACUUGUAUAGAUUGGCUGAUGCAAGUUAUAUUCCUACGAAGGAUGAUAUUCUCUAUGCAAGAGUACGCACUACUGGUGUGGUAGAAAUUCAGUUCAGUCCGGUCGGUGAAAAUAAGAAAAGCGGAGAAGUAUAUAGACUCUUUGAUGUUGGAGGCCAGAGAAAUGAGAGAAGAAAAUGGAUCCAUUUGUUUGAAGGUGUUUCGGCUGUAAUAUUCUGUGCUGCUAUUAGCGAAUAUGAUCAAACACUAUUCGAGGAUGAAAGCAAGAACCGAAUGAUGGAGACAAAAGAACUUUUCGAGUGGGUGCUGAAGCAACCGUGCUUUGAGAAGACAUCCUUUAUGCUAUUCUUGAAUAAGUUCGAUAUAUUCGAGAAGAAGAUUCUGAAGGUACCACUGAACGUUUGCGAAUGGUUUAAAGAUUAUCAACCAGUCUCCACAGGAAAACAAGAGAUCGAACAUGCAUACGAGUUCGUGAAGAAGAAAUUCGAGGAGUUGUAUUUCCAGAGCACAGCCCCUGCCUGUGUGGAUCGGGUGUUCAAGGUCUAUAGGACCACUGCGCUCGAUCAGAAGCUUGUGAAGAAGACUUUCAAACUCGUGGAUGAGACACUGAGGAGGAGAAAUCUCUUCGAGGCCGGUUUAUUAUGACAGGUUCCAAUUUUUGGGUAAAAGGCCCGAGGCUUCCGAUUUUUUUUUUCUUUUUUGCUCCUUAAAAUUCUCAUUUGUUUACUCACAUGAUCUUUCAGUUAAAAGAUGAGAUGGCCCUUUCUUUCCAUCUCAUACCAUGAAAUUUGCUGAGUCCUUGAUCAGUCUUGGAAAUUAGAAAUCUCUGCCUUUCAUUCCCUGCAUCUCUCUUUUGCUUGAGCUUUCUUUCGUCCAGUUGCAAAAGAUGAAGUCCACCGGUCUCAAUCCCGGGACAUGUCGAACUGUACCGCGAAGGCUUCUCGACCAGCAUCCUACGAACAACAUAGUGGAUUUCCCUUUUUCUUUUUCCCCCAGUUUCGAACCUCCAGUUGGCCUACUCACCAAAUGUGCAUAUACAAACCUGUGGAGAGAUCUACCUAUGUACACGGUCGGGAUGACAAGCCUUAACUAACCACAAUUUGACCCCUCUGCCAUUUGAUCGGAUUCUGUUGACAAUAAUUUCGCUCGGAUUCUUUGAGAGCCAAGAAGACCCGAGAAGGCCUGGUCACGAGCAGCAUUUGGACCAGCCGAUGCCUCUGUGUGGCAUCCACGAGCUGUGGAGGUGGCAGCGGCGCAUUUUGUGGAAGAUCACAGUCUGCUCGAGUUCUCUUCCCUGUACGGACCGAAAUAAUGUGAGAGAGAACCACAAACAUGUCAUAUGAUAUGACCAUCAACGAAUUGUUACUUAGUAA